UGUUAUCCACCCGGACUACAGCCCAGGGCAGCAGGUCAGAGUGUGGGCCUUGGGACAGCCCCCACCCUGGGUUUGUGACUUGGAGUGAGCUACAUAAUUUGGAAGGUGCUGAUCAUAAUGGUACUUACCUCAGUGGUUUGGUGUGUUUUAGGAAAUAAUGCCCAGGAUUGUGUAACUACAGCCUCAGGCACAGUGUGGCCAACAGCAUGAAGCCACCAUGAAGCGCUCCCAUAGUGCUGUUGGUAGUACUGAUACAGGAAACCAACUGUAAAGUGCUACCUGAAUAUAAUUCUGAUGUUAGCUUGCGUCGAUUGGAAAACAUUGGAAGGUACAGUCUUCACCCAAAGGCAUCUAUGAAGGAGCAGGAGUGGGUUUGGAAAAGGAGUUUGAGAUGGAAAAUGCUCAAGCUGGAGCCCCAGAAAAACCAGAAACAAGACUGGACCCUCAAAAAGAAGCACACGGAGGUGACCCCAAUGAAAGCCCAUUGCAGGUUACAUCGAGCCAUGUGGCUCUUCUGGUCGCAGAGGUCCUGAACACAGCACAGGCCUUGAGCACAGCACAGGCUGAGGAGAAGAUGGCUGUUCUCCCCGUGGCCAGCAACGCACUCCACACGUCCAUCAAAGAGUCUGAGUUCCCGCAGAAAGGCAGCGAUGUCCCUGAGUUCCCAGAAGACACCACGCAUCCCAAGAAAGGCAACAUCUCUGGAACCUCAGCUAAAACCCCACGGCCAAAGCAUAGCAACACCCCCAAGUCUUUGGUAAAAAAGACCCAGCCCAAACAGGGGAACACCCCCAAGUCCUCAGAGAAAACCAUCCUGUCCGAAGAGGACAGCAUCCCCACAUCCUUGGAGGAAAUGACUCAGCCCAAAGUGGGUGACAGCUCCAAGGCCUCAGACAAAACCAACCAUUUCCACCGAGGGAGCAUUCCCAAGGCCUCAGACAAAACCAACCAUUUCCACCGAGGGAGCAUUCCCAAGGCCUCAGACAAAACCAACCAUUUCCACCGAGGGAGCAUUCCCAAGGCCUCAGAGAAAACCAAGCAGUUCAACCCAGAGAACAUUCUCAAGGCCCCAGCAAACACCAUCCAGUCCAAACACAGUAAUACCCCCAAGUCCUUGGCAAAAAAUACCCAGCCCAAACAAGAGAACAUUCCCAAGUCUUUAGCAAGUACAGCCCAACAUAGAAAGGACGAUGUCCCCAAGUCCUCAGAGGAAGCCACCCAGCCCAGCGAGGAUGCCAUCCCCAAGCUCCCAGAGGAAGCCCCCCAGCCCAGAGAGGGUGACACCUCCCAGUCCUCAGAGGAAACCGUGGAGCCCAAGGAAGACUCCAAAAAAGAAUCAGUGGAGCUCCCCACGGAGGAUGUGGUGAAGGUGAUCAUGGGCAAGCAGGACUUCCAGGAGGCGCUUAAGGAGGCUGGGGAGAGGCUGGUGGCUGUGGACUUCUCAGCCACAUGGUGUGGGCCCUGCAGGACCAUCCGGCCGCUUUUCCAUUCUUUGUCUCUGAAGCACAACGACGUCAUGUUCCUGGAAGUGGACGCCGAUGACUCUGAUGAGCUGGUGAGAGACUGUGAGAUUGUUUGUCUCCCAACCUUUCACUUUUAUAAAAAAGAAGAAAAGGUGGGUGAGCUUUGUGGUGCUCAGAAGGAAAAACUCGAAGCAAUAAUUACAGAAUUAAAGUAACCGUAUAUUCUGAGAACAUUGCAAACUGCA